CGUGUGUCAUUUGUUUUAGGUUUAGACCCGGAAGAUCCACCGUUUCAAGUUCCGGAAGUCUCACCAGUUUUCAAGGUUACCGACCACACAUUUUCCGUCGACCAGAACAUCAGAGAAAAACGAGACAGCGUUGAACUAGAAGAAUUCAAGAAUCUGCCAAUCUCAUACUGUGAGUCGUGGAUGAAAAGGUUAUUAGGGUACACUGACUCCAGGCCGCUACACGUGUCCAGGGUAUUAGCCAUCAAUGAGACCAUUCAUAUCCCAUGCUAUUACUGUGGAGGUCCGGAAAUAUUAAAUCUCCUUCCGAAAUUAGGACAUUACCGUGAAUGGUUUAAACUCGCCCGGAACCAAUCUGACGCCUACUGGAGACUGAGGCCUGUUGUGGGGGACAAAAAGUUCGGGAGUAGGGCUAACAUCAUAUCAAACUUUACCCUCAUUAUCAGGAACAUACAGGAAAGGGAUACGGGAAUGUAUUACUGCGCAGUAUCGAAAAUAAAGCAUUCGGAAUAUAGGUUUAAUGACAAACAGCUAAAAACAUUUCUCACUGAAAAAGACCCAAACCGUUUCAAACUGUACCUUCACAUUGACGGUAAGUGUGAUUCACCAACCACUUUCUGCCUUUCUGUCCACGAUCAAUUUGUUUAGGCCAAUACAAUGUCAAACGUCGCCCUAAUGUUUCUUGCGUUACUUUGUCUUAGGAAAAGAAAAUUUGAGACAUAGGAGAUCUUGAUACAUUUAUCUUUGUCUGUAGUAAACCAAACUAAUACAUAAACCAUCUGCUGAAGAAUCGAGUAUUUUGUUCGAAGUUUCCAUCAAAGGAACAAUGAUAAAAGCAGGAGUGAAAUGCUACCCAUUGCUGCGAAGCUUAUGUCCAUCUCUGACCCUUCCAAAGUGUUUUGCCGAAAUAAUUUAUAUGAUAUGAGACCGAGUCAUGCAAAUACAUUAGGCAUUUCCUGA